GUGAAGAAGAGGUUUAUCAGUGGAGUAAAACACUGAAAGAUUUUAUGUUAGUAAGUAUAAUUGAUUCCUCCCAUGGGGUUUUUGCAGGACUGGAAUGGUUGAAUAAAUUAUUUCUAAUAUCCCUCUGAAAUCAGAGAGAACAGUUAUGACCAAGCACAUUUAAUUUUGAAAUGCUAUGUCAGAUUUUAAUGCAUUUUUCUAUGUGAUGUCCUGAAAGAUUCUAGCAUCUGCCAUAACUAAGUAACUGUCGGGUUAAUAAGCUUCAGUGAACCUGACUUCAGCCGUUAAAAGGUACGUUGGAACCUAUGGGGAGAGAUAAAUCUCAAAAUUAUUUGCAUGUGCUUUUCAAACCCACCAAUAUAUCUGCGAUUGACAUGUGUUUUGUUUUUCUGUAGUUAUUUUUAUUUUUUUAUGUUGUGUGUGCUUUUAUCAUGACUUAUCAUUUGUAAAUAUUCAACUGUGCCUGUGAAUUGUUGAAGGUGUGUGUGCGGAUCAGCGGGGAUUUACCUCGGCUAAGCAAAAGUAGAGAAAUGGGAAAGUAUUUAUGAAUCAAGAAAUGUGGACAAGAGAGUAUAAAAUAUAAAAGAAAUAUUCAUGUACGGGUAAACAUUUCAAUUGGAAAUGGUAACUUGAAGGGCAAUUGAUUGAUGGAUGAUUAUGAAGUGCAAAAUAUGAGAGAGUAGCUAAUUACAGCGAGAUUUAAGCCAAUAUCUUUAUUUAAAACUAUGUAUAUAUUUGGUUUUAUCAAAGCGGACAGUUUUAAAAUGCAAGACAGUAGUAGCAGUAAACAUUACAGACCACAGGGUGGCGAUAGUGAGUUAUCCUUUUACAAACCGCCUUUAAGCACAAAGAAGAAGCCGAACCACAACAUUAUGACUAUUGAUGGUCAAGCUGUCACAACAUGGCUGAACAUUUCCACAUAAACACACCCUUACUGGAGAGUGCUGCAAUGUCCAAACGUGUGGGAACCACUGUGUAUCUGAAAAUGGAGAAUUCCCAGCCCUCUGGUUCUUUCAAGAUCCGCGGCAUUGGGUACUUAUGCCAACAGCUUAUGUCGGAUACAAAGGACAAAGGAUUUGUCUGCUCCUCAGGUGGUAAUGCUGGAAUGGCAGCUGCCUAUGCCACCCAAAAAAUGGGUAUGCCAGCCACCAUAGUAAUUCCCUCAUCAACACCUCACUUUGUUGUCCAGAGACUUGAGGAUCAAGGUGCUACUGUCAAGAUAGUGGGCAAGGUUUGGGAUGAUGCUAACGCUGAGGCUCUUAGACUAGUCGAAACAGAGGGACUUGCCUAUGUGUCCCCGUUUGAUCAUCCCCUUAUAUGGAAGGGAAAUUCUAGUCUGAUCACAGAAGCUGCAGCCACUCUCGGUCCAACUGUCAAGCCUGGAGCAGUGCUGAUAUCAGUGGGUGGAGGUGGGCUCCUCUGUGGGGUUGUCCAGGGCCUGAAGGACGUAGGCUGGAUGGAUGUUCCCGUCAUCGCCAUGGAAACAGUUGGUGCAGACUGUUUGAAUGCUUCAGUUAAGGCAGGAAGGAUAGUCACCUUGGAUGACAUCACCAGUGAAGCUAAAAGCCUUGGAGCAAAGACAGUUUGUGUGAAAGCAUUUGAGUACAGUCAGAGCAAUGAGGUCACAAUCAUUUCUGAAGUGGUGACUGACCAGCAGGCUCUUCAUGCUAUGGAGACAUUCCUGGAUGAGGAACAUGUACUUGUGGAAAUGGCAUGUGGAGCAACACUUGCAGCUGUCUACAGUGGAGUUGUGCACCGAUUACAGGCUGAAGGUGGCGAGCGUAGCUGUGGAGUACAUGAGUUGAUCUGCGUCAGAAAAGUUUCGCCGGAGGUGCUUGGAUUCCUGGCAGCCGUCGCACUCGUCAUUAUCCUCAUGACACUCCUCUUCUGGUACCUCAACAACAAGUUGCCACUAGAUAAUGCAGGGAGCCUUCAGUGCCUUGAUGACUUCAGGAAAAACACAGAAUUGCCAGAGAAGGUUUACACUGAUGGCGACCAGCAUGCCUCAUCAUCAGACAGCGAGGAUGAACUGAUGGGUCAGUAUCAAGAAGCAAUCAGCCGGGCCCAAGGUCUCAGAGGAGGAGCCAAGGUGUCUGCUAAUGUCAAACAUGCGGGACACUUCAGGUGGGAGAACCGACAGAAGUACAUCCCCCUGACGGCUGAUUAUGACGGCUACAGCAGUGACGCCUCAGCUGAUGUAGCCAACUGCAUUCAGAGGAUGAGGCGGACACCCCCCCUUGAUGAACUCCAACCUCCGCCAUAUCAGGAUGAAAAUGGAUCUCCACGGAUGUCUUGUACACUGUCAGACCUGGGUGACGCCAAAUGUGAUCUAUCACAGACCAGUGGUAGCCCCCACCUUUCCUUUCGCAAAUGCACCAGUGAGGGAAGUGAUGGCCAUGAGACAGAGAGUUAUUUAAACAAGGGCUAUGAGGAGGAUGUGCCCAGUGACAGUACUGCUGUUCUCAGCCCAGAGGAGAUGUCAGCCCGCAGUUCAGCAGCUCAGCUCCCUAAAGGCUACGAACCAGAUCAGGUUGCAAAAUAUGGGACUCUUGACGUAGCGUUUGACUAUGAUCCAGAGGAGCAGCAGCUGGCUGUGACCAUCAUGGCGGUAACAGACCUUCCCAUUCUAAAACAGACUGGCAACAUCUCCUGGCAAGUCCAUCUGGUGCUGCUACCCAUGAAGAAGCAGAGGGCUAAGACAGGAAUCCAAAGAGGUGCAUGCCCUCUUUUCAGAGAAACCUUUCACUUUUGCCAUAUGGAGUCUGAGAUGAUCAGCAACUACGCCAUCAGAUUUAGACUUUACAGUAUGCGGCGGAUGAAGAAGGAGAAGGUGCUUGGCGAAAAUGUGUUUUAUCUCACCAAGCUCAAUCUUCAGGGAAAAAUGUCUGUGCCGGUCAUUCUAGACCCAUGCUGCACAUACCCAGGUGCUGAUUCCCAAAUCAGUCUCUCAGAUAUGACGUGCAGUGAAAGCGCCUCAUCGUUCCCAUCUGUCAGUCAGACUUCCACACCAGAGAUUCUUGUGGGCCUGGUGUACAAUGCCACAACAGGACAUCUUUCUGUGGAGGUCAUCAAAGGAAUCCAUUUCAAGAACCUAGAAACCAAUAAGCCACCCAACACAUACGUGAAGCUGACCUUACUGAACUCCAUUGGCCACGAGAUGUCCAAGUGUAAAACAUCUAUCUGUCGAGGCCAACCCAACCCGACCUACAAAGAGACGUUUGUCUUCCAGGUUGCCCUUUUCCAGCUGUCGGAUGUAACACUCAUCCUCUCUGUCUACAAUAAGCGCAGUAUGAAACGCAAGGAGAUGAUUGGCUGGAUCUCACUUGGGCUCAACAGCUCUGGGGAGGAAGAGCUCUCCCACUGGACUCUGAUGAAAGAGUCCAGAGGACAGCAGGUUUGCCGCUGGCACAGUCUGUUAGAGUCCUAACUGCAUCACAAACGUACACAAGAAUAUGACCGUUAACUUUGCACACUGUUGUCAUCCGCAUUGAGUAAAAAAGAUGGUGAACUAGGCUGCUGGUGAUAAAUCUGAAGGAGCCACUACUCACUUUUUAAUUCCAGUCAAAUUAAUUAGAAACUAGAAAAAGAGAAAUAUAAUAUAUUGUUCUCAGAGAAAACACGUACAAAGCCUUUACAUCAUCUACGGAACUGCAGCGGAACCUCUAAGGUUGAACACAAUAUGCUCCAACAUGCUGCCCAACCUCUGAUUGGUUUCCCAAGCAGUUAUAUGUUACAUUUUAAGAUGUGCACCUCAUAUGGGCUUAAAUCAUAGUUAACCGCUGUUAAUAUUACAGUGUUAAAACAUUUUGUAAUCACCUUUAACUGGACAAGUGAUCCAGGUUACUGCUUGUGCUCGGAAGGUGGACGGCCACAGAAAAUGUACCUCACAUUCCAUUUUUCUGAUUUUAAAAUUACUGUUAACUUGUCACUUGCAACCAUGAGAGAGAUGUGUACUGCAACUAUUUCCAGUCCGGUGGCGAUCAUAACGUUUAGUCACAUCACUUACUUUUCUGCGGCAACAUCACAAACAAACCGGAAAAGCACGCACACAAGCCAAAGAAAAAAACAAAAGCACACCAAGGCCUGGUACACAAAGAUUUGUCAAAUCUUAAUUUUUUUUUUUUUUUAUCAUCGGUGAAAGACCUCACCCCAACUCAUAAAGACAAAAGUCUUUUAACAGUUUGGGUCGUAUCGUGUGUUUUUGUGCUCCGAUAAUCCCGACACAAGAAAGCACACACAUAAGGAUUAUGAUGUACAACGGAUGCCAUCGAAUAUCCUCGGUCAGUACCAAUAGCAAUCGAUCCCAGGAGUCAAACUCAAGGCCCGGGGGCCAGAUCUGGUCCGCCACAUCAUUUUAUGUGGCCGGCAAAAGCAAAUCAUGUGCAUCAACUUCCAUGAUCCUUGCUCAAAUCCGUACCGAAAUUUCAAUUGUCUAACAUAAAAAAUAAUUAGGUUGACAUAUUUUAAGUAUUUUUUGUAACCAAAACCCUCUUUGCAGUAACUUGAACAAUAGCUGAACAAACUACUAUUCUUGACAUCUGAUUUCAAAACUAGUUUUUCAUCAAUUUGUUGUCUGUAUUUAUUACUAUGAUCAGGCGAUGAAACAUUGAUAUGGUUUCAUAACGGCCCUCGGAGGGAAACCGACACUACAAUGUGGCCCGUGACAAAAAUUUGUUUGACACCCCUGGAAUAGAUCAUUAAGAGAAGGAGCAGCUUUAAAGAAACGUGGUUAGACCUUCGCCUGGCAUCUGCUAAGGUGACUCUGUCGAGGUGUGGGUUAACUAAAACUGGGCUGGAGUUUCAUAAGUGGCUGUUAGAAUCUUGGCAAAUCUUUCUCGACACCGACUUAAGGUUCAUUGUGUAACUCGCAAGGACAACGGGGAGCUUUAACCUUUUAAACGGAGAGGCGGUCAGGACUUUGGUCGUAGCAUGAGUACAAGGGAGCCUGGAUAAGCGAGAUCUUACAUCUGGUGAACCCACUUUUUUUUUUUACAAAAUUUGACAUUGGGUGUCAAAUGUCUGUUUGUUUGUUUUGUUUGUUUUAUGUUUAGUUUUUUUUUGCAGGGCCCAUUUUUGAGUGGUUACAUUCCAUUCCAUGUCACAAUUCACGGCGUCAUAACUCUGGGAGACGUCCUCUUUCACCACACACAUGAAGAGUUUUGGUCAUAAAUAUUGAACAUGUUCAAUAUUCGUCAACAUGCGACCGGAUUACACUUGUCGAUUCGUGUGCGGAUCCGUGUAUGUGGCGUCAUGCAGCGCCCAAAUCGACAAACGCGAAGGACAAUCAGAUAUGUUAAAUAUUGCAAUUAUGCCAUAGCUACCACAGUACUUUUAUGACAGUAAGUUUUCAUCCAUGAUUGACAUGAUGAGUUAAAAGAAGUGUUUAAAUGGCGAUUAAGUACAAAUACUCUUUUUUUUUGGGGGGGGGGGGGGGGUUUCCCUCACUGUUUUCCUCAACUAAUGUACUUUGAAUCCACUCUGGCAAAGAAGCCCAUUCUCAAUGAUGCCACCUCAAGGCCAACUCUGGUGCUAUGGCGGCUGCUUUGUAGAGAAGCCAAAUCAUAAACAAAAAAAAGUGUGUUUCAUUAUUACUGACAGAUUACAGCACUCCACUCUUAAACUACAGUGAGGAUUGAUAGUUUGCUGGGGGAGGGGGGGAAAGAAGGGAAAAAAACACCCUAUGGGUGGACAAAGGUGUAAUUUCUAGCGUGCCACUUUCUCACUUCAUGUACAGACAACCAGAAAGUGCACAAUAAUCUUUACAGCUCCUGUACUUGUGCGUAGUGCAGUGUUUACAAAGUGCGCGUGCGUGUGGUGUGAAAUGGACAGUAAAGUGAGAAAGGGCCAGUCGAGAGUUUGCAUAUUUUAGUUUUUGGUGUUUCUUUAUUUUAAAUCAUCAUUAUUCCGAAAAACAUAACCCACUUCUUGAUUGUUUGCUGUGUCUUAUUUAUAUUGGGGAAGAAAAUGUAUUACGAAAGUUAUUAACAAAGCCUUUAUUAACUCAUUCUGUUGUGCAGUGCUGUUGUAAUGUAUUUGAUGAUGUUUAUAUUUAAUUGACUUCUUGAUUUCUGUUUCAAGAAGAAUUUUCCUACAGCUUUUCCGAGGUUCACUCCCUCCACAGCCAGACAGGAGCUUGUCUUGUCAUCAAGGCUUCAUGAUGAUUUUCUUUACAAACAAAAAAGCACAGAUCAUUAUGACAAAACCGCACGUGUGAAAAAUGACUCAGCUCAAAAUGUAAUACUUAUUUGCAUCUAAAACAGACCCGAUCGCAGUUUUUGGCUGUAACUUAUGCAUGUCAUGAAUGAUCAUGUUUGCUAGUUGACAGUGUGGUUCGAUGUGCAAAAAUAUGGAUUUUUUUUUUUUUUUUUUCUUUAAACGUGGCUCAUUGAGGCACUGAUGUAUAAUGGAACUAAUGAUCCUGUGUCUUGUACAAUCAGUGGACUGCACAAUGCAAGGAAAAAAAAUGAUAUCCUGUAAUUCAAUAGGCAGAUGUCUCAAUAGUAAUGAUAGGCCACAUUCCCAUGUGCUAUGCUUUUGCUUAGGAGAUGUUCUGUUCUUCUUCAUGCUUCUCUUUUCUCAUCUUUCUGAUACUUCACCCUGUCCAAAGAUACAGAUUCCCUGUUCUUGAUGCUACCAGGAACUCGCAUUUCUGUAUUUACAUUCAUGAAGGUCUAUCUUGAUUAUAUACUGUGACAAUCUUGCGCCUACCUUCUCUAGAGUAUUCUGGAAUUGUGUUUUUUUUUUUUUUUUUUUUUUUUUAAAUCUCAUUAAGGAAAAUAUUUUGCCAUCCAGUACCAAAUUUGUUUUAUUUUUUUUUGCCACACCUUUUUGGAUGAAUGAAAGCCUCCUUCACAUGCAUUGAGCGCUCAUUUGAGUUAACAGAAAACUACCAAUACCUGAUAUCAGCUGUUCAACAAACUUAACUUGCCACAUUUAAAAAAAAAAAAAAAAAACUAAAUUUAAAAAAAGAAAAGAUCCAGCAAGGGACUGGUCCAUCGUGCUCACAUGGCCGCCUCAGUACACCUCGCUCGCCCACAAGCACGCCGACGGCCCUCUGGAAUUGACCUGGAGAAAGGGACUGGUGCGUCGUGCUGUCGUCUGGCCGCCUCAGAGUGCAACAUGGUCGGCAACGAGCCCGCAAUGUUACCAUGCAGAGCGUUAUUUAUUGCCAACCGUGUUGGCGGUUUGAUGAUUUUUUUUCGGGAAUGUACAAUCAUUUAAAAUUUUUCGAGAAGUGAUCAACUUACCUGACAACGCGAUCAGAAUGGUUAUGUUGGCGCCGGUGGUUGUAGCCGUCCGCAACAUCACCGCUAUAUCUUGACCCUUGAUUAGAAGUAGAGAGCUGUCCAAUUCCUUCUUUUUAACUUUGGUUGCUAACCGGAGUUAAAUAAUCCGGCAAAGAAACUUUCAUAGUCUUUCUUUGCAUGAGGGAAGGUGUGUUCUUGCCAGGCUCCAAGCACAAAAGUCCUUAACGACGUGUGCAAAUGAUUGGCAGACCUUUGAGGCACACCUCCUGCUUCUACAGUCUCUGAUUGGCUAUUCUUGUCCUGCCGUGCCCAGUUGUAAAAUAAUAAGUAGAAUUAAAUUAGAGGCAUUAGAUGGUGCCAGAGUUUUUUUUUUCUUUUUCUUUGUUUCUUUGUUUUUUUUAUUUUAUUUCACAAAAGAUCAUUUUAAUAUAAUAUAGAGUUGAAAGUGUUUUCUCCGGCACUCCAGUUUCCUCCCACAUCCCAAAAACAUGCGUGGUAGGUUAAUUGAAGUCUCUUAAUUGCCCCUAGGUGCGAAUGUGAGUGCGAAUGGUUGUUUGUUUAUGUGUGCCCUGCGAUUGGCUGGCAACCAGUUCAGGGUGUACCCCGCCUCCUGCCCGAUGAUAACUGGGAUAGGCUCCGGCACGCCCGCGGCCCUUGUGAGGAGAAGUGGCUCAGAAAAUGGAUGGAUGGAUGGAUGGAUAAAGUUGAAAGUCUACACUCAAAUUGUAUCUUACUUUCAAAUUCAUUGUGGUGGCGGAUAAAGGCAAAACCAUUAAAAAAAAAAAAAAAGCUCUUGAUGAGAAAACAUCCUGGGUAAAUAUAUAUAUUUUUUUGUAAAAAUCCAAAUUCCCUAAAAUGUAUUAAAGCUCAGUCGAAACGAUUAACAUAAAAUGUUUGACAUUUCAACCAUUGCGUCUGUAAAAAUGAAAUAAUACCUGGGUAAAUUGUCAUAUGACAAAAUCCAUUUCAAGUUUGCAAUUUAAUUUUUUAAUUUUUUUUAAAAACGUUGUUUGAUUUUAAAUGCUUUUCCACGUCAUCAAACCCGUGCUGCUGGAGGGCGUCGGUGCCUUAUUGUGUCUUACGCAGCAACUUGAGCUAUGGUGUCUUAAUGUACUCGUAUACUUGUACAGUAUCUGUAAAUGUACAGUACUUUGCCUGUACUUGAUGGGUGUGAUUUGCAGGAAAAAAAAAAGUGAGAAUUAUUUCUGAUAAAAGU